AAAUACAUCCACAGAGAUGCUCAUCUCAUAAGAUAAUGUCCACUCUUGUCUUCAUCCCUGGCGCCUGGCAUAAGCCCACCUGCUACGAUAAGGUGAUUGCCCUCCUCCAGGAACAAGAGGAUCUGAGAUGCGUGGCCAUCACCCUCCCCUCGACGACAGACAACCCCAACGCAACCUUUAAGGACGACCUUGACGUCGCCCAGGACGCCAUACGCAAAGAGACCAGCCAGGGGCGCAAUGUCAUUGUUGUGGCGCAUUCUUAUGGAGGCAUGGUGGGCAACAGCGCCAUCAAAGGGUUCACCAUGACGGACGAAACUAAAGGUGGAAUCAAACAUGAAAAUGGUGAUAAUACGACUAGCGACGGCCAAGUAGCAGGCCAUGUCAUCGGUCUCAUUUUGAUCGCCUCCGGCUUUACUUUCACCGGCCUCGCAUUCAUGGACCCCUUUUUCGGCCAUCCGCCGCCCUCAUGGCGAGUGAACAGUGAAACAGGAUAUGCCGAGCUGGUGACCCCCCCGCGCGAGCUCUUCUAUCAUGAUCUACCGGAAGAGGAGGGCGAUUUCUGGGCAUCCCAGCUGUCGACUCAGAGCCUGAAGGCGUUGUUCGAAGAUGGCGAACACACCUAUGCGGGUUGGCAGGAUGUGCCGGUGUGGUAUAUCGGAACCUGCUUGGACCGGGGGCUACCUGUGUUGGCGCAGCGCAUUCAAAUGGGUAUGGGAAGGCAGAUGGGGGCCAGGGCCGAACAUCGCGAGCUGCAGACUAGCCAUUCGCCAUUUCUGAGUCAGCCUCGAGAGACAGCCGACAUCAUCCUUGAGGCGGUCGAGGCGUUCACAGGAAAAGAGCCGAGAAAAAGUAGACAGGAUGAUAAGAUUGUCCGGCCAGCGGCAUUGCUCUGGCAGCCCUGGACCUGGCUUAAAUUUGGACUGCCGCUGGGUUUGGGGCAUGUCAUUGGAGGGGUUAUUUCAUUCUUGAGGUGGUGGAAGAUAAUAAAGAUAUAG